AUCUACCGGUCAAAAUGAUCCGUCUACACCUGACACUCCUCUCGGUAGUCGCGGUCUUCCUGACCCUUCGCCCAACUCUCGCCGAGAUCGACGCCGAGUCCAGCUGCAUCCCGGGCACGUUCUCCACCAUCAAGGCGAACCUGCUGCGCACGCUGAUCCUGUGCUACGUGUACGACUGCCCGGAGGACAUAACGAACGCGAUCGCGAAGGACUUUAACAAGUUCCACCACUACGAUCUGCAUCCGGCCGCGAUGAAGGGCGAUUGCGCUGGCGGUGAUGCAGCAGCAGCAGCUGGCGCACCAGCUGGUACACCAGCGGCACCAGCUACUGCAGCCGAUCCGGCUAAAGCCGACGCUGCUCCUGCUGCAGGUGACGCUGCUCCUCCCGCUGAAGCUCCUCCAGCAGAAGCGCCUGCAGCUCUUCGUCGGCUGAAGCGUGACGCACCUGCUGCGGUUUCCGCCGCAGCACCUGCCGCCGCCGCCGAGGAGAAGGCCAUCGAAGUUCCGGUGCAGGUUCUGAGCAAGCUGGCCAAGCUAACGUCGGCGCUGGAGAAGGACCGUAACGCGGCGCUGUCCGCGUGCACGGACUGGAUGUCGAUGCUGAACAAGCUGCUGAUUGACAUCAUGCAGGCGAACAAGCAGUGCUUCCUGGAACCGGCCGAUCGCUACCCGGCGGAACUUCCGGACGACGGUGCGGAGAUCGACUGCGACGAGAUGACGGUGUACAUGCGCCAGCUGCAGAAGCACUUUGGCGGACAGUGCGACUCCCAGGGCAAGAACUGUCCGGACAAGCUGAAGACGGCCGUCAAGUGGUUCGGCAAGGCGUACAAACAGCUUGGUAGGAACUGCUACUACGAUGCUUAUGAGUACAUGGAUAGCAAGUAGGCGGGUUUUUUGAUGAA